UCUGGAAAAUUUGAUUCCUUUCAAAUCUCUGAGGAUUUCAUCUUAGUUAUCUAAAAAAACUCAUGUUUUUAUCUCAGUUUGAACUAUAUAGCAAUGGAGAGUUCAAGACUGUGUUGCUUUGCUUUGCUUAUCUUGAUGAGCUUUUGCAUUGAUUUGUCGAAAUGUGGGAAUGCGAACGUAGGAGUGAUUCUUGAUCUCGAUACGCCUCUUGGAAAGAUGUGCAAGGCUUGCAUAUCGAUGGCAGUCGAGGAUAGAAACUCUAACACCACGGUGAUCGUGCCUCACUUCAGGGACUCGAGGGGCGAUGUCGUUGCUGCAGCUUCUGCUGCUAUCGAACGAGUUAGAGGAAAUUCAUCACUUGCUCGUGUGCUCAGAAACUUUGCCUCCAAAGGGUUAAGUGGCGAUUUUAGCAUAACCAACGGUGAGCUGCAGCCGUCUGCGUUUGAGGUAGUGAAUGUGAUUGGAAAAGUGGACAACAAUGUAGGAUUUUGGACAGAGAAAUAUGGGAUUUCAAAGGAAGUGAAGUUGGAUGGUGAUGAGGCGGUUUACACAACGGAAAAGUACAAUCUUCGAGGCAUCUUGUGGCCGGGGCAAACGAGCAACGUGCCUAAAGGCUGGGAGAUUCCAGCAAGUGGGAAGAAGUUGAGAGUUGGAGUUCCUGUCAGAAAGGGAUUCAAUGAAUACAUCAAGGUUGUAAGGAAUCAAGAAACUAAUGUUGUUGAAGCAACUGGUUUCUGCAUUGAUGUUUUUGAAGAAGUCAUCAGAUCAUUGCCUUAUACUGUUCCAUUUGAGUAUGUUCCUUUGGAGACCACGGAUGCAUGGAGUGUCGAAUAUUACCACGAAUUCGUUUAUCAAAUAUAUCUCGAUAGGUAUGACGUUGUUGUGGGAGACGUGACCAUUUUAGCGACCAGAUCAAAGUAUGUUGAUUUCACCGUCCCUUACACUGAAUCUGGUAUUGCCACUGUCGUCCCGAUCAAGGGUGACGAGAGGAAGAGCGCUUGGAUAUUCAUGAAACCUCUAACGACUGCCCUAUGGCUGACGAUUGGGGCAUCUUUCAUCUUCAUUGGAUGUGUCGUGUGGGUUCAUGAGCAUCGUGUAAACGAACAUUUCCAAGGCCCACCUGGGAAGCAAGUCGGGAUGAUCUUCUGGUUCUCUUUCUCAACACUUGUUUAUGCACAUAGAGAGAAAGUGAAGAGCAACCUAACAAGAUUUGUGGUGAUUGUAUGGGUGUUCGUGGUGCUUGUUUUGUCAUCGAGUUACACUGCAAACUUGGCAUCCAUGCUAACAAUGCAGCAGCUCAAGUCGACCAAUAUGGUAGUGCAUUUAUGGUUAAGGAAAAAGAUGAUGCAUCAAAGCAUUAACAAACUAGUGGAGAAAUGGAUUUAGCAUAAGGUUCAUUGCACAAGGAAGAUUCAUAGUUGAGUUUGAACUCUGCAGUUGCUGGAUUCAUCAAGAUUCUGUUGCGUUUUAACUGUUAAAACGCAACUGCUGUUAGAAAUGGAGAUAGAUGUAUUUUUUUUCUUACUUUUUCCUUCUUUUAGAAUUCUCUACGUUUUUGUAUUUUAUUUAAUUUGAUGUAUUUAUCUAAAAAUAUCUUUAUUUUUGUACC